AAGACGACGGUAAUCAUGUCUCAGCAAGUUCUAAACCUUCGGGAACUUGCUUCCACGAAGCUACAUUGACAGUCAUUCGGGCCGUCAUCUCCAUUCUGGGGAUUUUGGGCUGCUUUUUGCGCAGCGUUUGCAUCUUCCUUCCAGUUGAACGAGCGUACUUUUCUGCGCGUAGUGUCGUGUUAAACGCAUUCCAGGUGUCUCACCUUUCAUGGCAGACGUUCAAACUGAAGUUGGGAGUGGCUUUGUGCGACUUUAGGGUGCGCCCCGAAGAACGCCCGACGCACGCGCAUCCACAACCAACACAGGCGCAAUGAUCUACGCACACGAGCUGGAACAAUGGACGUGUAGCUCUCAAAGAGAUUAAACUACGAAAGAGAAGAAUAAGACGUCUCUCGUGGUUUUCACUUUCACACAACAAGAAUGUCUCGACGAGUCAGACCGGGCUACUAUCGGCAGGAAAUCAACAAAACCUCAUGGGAGGUACCGGAUAGGUACCGUGAUCUGAAGCAGGUGGGGACCGGAGCGUACGGGACUGUGUGCUCAGCAGUGGACGUCAGAACCAGAACCAAAGUGGCCAUCAAGAAGCUGUAUCGACCUUUCCAGUCUGUGCUGUUUGCUAAACGAGCCUACCGCGAGUUGAGGCUCCUCAAACACAUGAAGCAUGAAAAUGUGAUCGGUCUCUUGGAUGUGUUUACCGCUGAUCUCUCUUUGGACAAAUUCAAUGAUUUUUACCUUGUGAUGCCGUUCAUGGGCACAGACCUGGGCAAAGUGAUGAAGCUGCAGAGGCUGUCUGAAGAAAAAAUCCAAUACUUGGUCUAUCAGAUCCUCAAAGGGCUCAAGUAUAUUCAUUCUGCUGGUAUCAUUCACAGGGACCUUAAACCAGGAAAUCUUGCCAUUAACCAAGACUGUGAGCUCAAGAUCUUAGACUUUGGUUUGGCACGUCAGGCCGACAGUGAGAUGACAGGCUAUGUGGUGACUCGCUGGUACCGAGCCCCAGAAGUCAUCUUAAGCUGGAUGCACUACAGCCAGACUGUGGAUAUUUGGUCAGUUGGCUGCAUCAUGGCAGAAAUGCUACAAGGGAAGCCUCUUUUUAAAGGGAAUGACCACCUUGAUCAGCUGACGGAGAUCAUGAAGAUUACAGGAACGCCAUCUCAGGAAUUUAUAGCAAAACUACAAUCGGAUGAUGCCAAAUGCUACGUUAAAGGUCUUCAAAAAGUAGACAAGAAAGACCUUCAUAAAGUGUUCUCUAAAGCCAAUCCCCAAGCUGUGUCUGUGCUGGAACGCAUGUUGUUGCUGGAUCCGGAAAGCAGGGCAACAGCGGCGGACGCCCUCUUGUUGCCGUACUUCACAGAGUUUCGGGAACCUGAAGAGGAGACUGAAGCUCAGCCGUACGACCACUCGCUGGAUAACACAGACCUGCCACUGGAACAGUGGAAACGUCACACUUUCACAGAGAUCCUAACCUUUAAGCCUAUUGUGCCAGAAUCCAAGGAAACCUCUCUGUAAGACACAAUGUUUGUUCUCUCAAAGAAAUAAGAAAACUUUUCAUGAUUUUAUCAGGGACAUUGCUGCUUUCCUUUUGACUUUCCAGCCAUUAUUUGCCUUAUUCAAGUCUUGCGUUGGUCUGGCAGCUUAAAGUCGCACCACUCCUCUGGUACUUCAAUUUCAACAUUCAAAUUUCAAGUUUGCACAAUUAACUUAAGACAAUCAAAUCACUGCGUUUUGCGCUUUUGCUUUAAAUGCAAACGCAAAGAAAUAUGAUUUCGGUUAGACGUACACAUAAGACUAGAUCAGCACAAAGUACGGUACUGUAAAUCGUUUUGUGUCUCUGUAGAACUCAGAAAUGAGUCAUGAUGAUUUGUUAAACUUAGAUUUUAUUUGAGUCAGUCAUAGUUUGGUCGAGAGUCUCUUUUUCUUUGUGAUAAGAUUUAUUAAUGUGACCAGAUGCAUUAUCCAGCAUUCCAUAUUGGUGACCUUUUGCCUUGUUGUUGUAAUAAUAUUGUGUAUUUUACAUUUGUGGGAGAUUUAUUUGGACAUGUGUUCAUUCCGGUGUCCUUAAUAAUGACAGCUAAUAUCAUCCCACUUUCAUUUACUCAUUUAAAUUUUCUAAUGCAUUUGUUAAUUAAUUAGCGUGUCUUUCAGAGAAUCAUUACCGUAUUUUAGCCAGACCUGCCUGUUGUUUUGAAACAAACGGAAUCUUCAUGUUUAGCAAUAACAGAAGAGACAUAUUGAAGCACUAUUCAGAGCUGGUUAAUGCCACAGAAAUGCAAAGAGAGAAAGAUGCUAAACAAAGUACAAAACAAAGCGAAGCGUGCCAAUAUGUACAUGGAUGGUUGGGCGGUUUUGUUAAUAAAAGACAUACAACAGUU